AAAACUAUUAAUUGAAAAACUCUGUAGAAUUCGAAACACCCGUACCGCGUGAGAGCCAGCCACUAUUCAACAGAACAGAUUUAUAUUUCUCCCUCUCUCCCAAAUUCAACUCCCUUCCUCUCUCUCUCUCUCUCGCUCUCGCUCUCGCUCUCAUCCGUUCCACAUUUCCACUAUUUCUAGGUAAGUCUCUCCCUAAAAAAAAAAAAAAAAAAUAGCAAAAUUCAGCAAAUUAAUUCCUCUUCCUUUCCAUUCGAUCCCAUCGUCUCUCGUGUUUUCUUUCCUUCCUUUCGCUUUUAAUAUUUGAUUUGAUCAUCUGAUCUUCUAGGGUUUGAGUGUUUCCGUGUUUUUCUCGGGGAAAGGGAGGAGAGGAGGUAGAGAUGGGGCAACAAACUUUGAUCUAUAGCUUUGUGGCAAGAGGAACGGUGAUUCUUGCGGAGUACACGGAGUUUAAAGGGAAUUUCACAGGCAUCGCUGCACAAUGUCUUGAAAAACUUCCCGCUUCUAAUAAUAAGUUUACUUAUAAUUGCGAUGGCCAUACCUUCAAUUACCUCGUUGAAAACGGAUUCACUUACUGCGUGGUUGCAGUUGAAUCUGCUGGCAGACAAAUUCCAAUUGCCUUUUUGGAGCGAGUUAAGGAAGAUUUUAACAAAAGAUACAGUGGAGGAAAAGCAGCAACUGCUGUUGCCAAGAGCCUGAACGGAGAGUUUGGGUCCAAAUUGAAGGGGCAUAUGCAGUAUUGUGUGGAUCAUCCUGAAGAGAUCAGCAAGCUUGCAAAAGUCAAGGCUCAGGUCUCUGAAGUUAAAGGUGUUAUGAUGGAAAACAUUGAGAAGGUUCUUGAUCGUGGUGACAAGAUUGAGCUGCUGGUGGAUAAAACUGAGAACCUUCGCUCACAGGCACAAGAUUUCCGACAACAGGGAACUAAGAUGAGAAGAAAGAUGUGGAUUCAGAAUAUGAAGAUAAAACUGAUUGUUUUGGGUAUUAUAAUUGCCUUGAUUCUCAUCAUAGUCUUAUCUAUUUGCCAUGGCUUCAAUUGCUGAUUUCUCUUCGCUUUCACUGGAAGCUGCUUUUGCUGCGGAUUGUCUUUGCGGAAUUGAUUCUUAUUUGUUUUUGAUGAUAUGUCCUUGAGAUCUCUUUUUCGACAGGGUCUUUUAUGUCUUAGAUUACUCCUUUCUCCUUGUUAGCUUUGUUUAGGAUUGUGAAAGGUUUUGUAUUUUGAAUUUCGUUGUAUAGGUUAUAUGAACUCUUGAGUAGAUAAUUAUCUUCCUUCCUCCUACGUUAGUAUUAAUAACUUAGUAUUUGUUUAAUGUGUAAUGAACAUCGAAUCCAUGCAGUUUAGAUUGUCCUUUGCAAUGUUAGUAUUAUACUCUCUCUCA